ACUAGAAACCGGAGGUGCGUCUCUUCACUUCGACCGCCUCUUCCGGCUCACUUCCGCCCACUCCACCCAGGCUCGUUCCCCGGAAACAAGCGCUUUACCGGGAUUCUACUUCUGUGAAUCGAAUCCGAACGCCGCCAAAAUGCCGGCUUACCACUCUUCUCUCAUGGACCCCGACACCAAGCUCGUUGGCAACAUGGCGCUGUUGCCCAUCAGAAGUCAGUUCAAAGGACCCGCGCCCCGAGAGACAAAAGACACGGAUAUUGUGGACGAAGCCAUCUAUUACUUCAAGGCCAACGUCUUCUUCAAGAACUAUGAAAUUAAGAAUGAAGCGGACAGGACCCUGAUCUACAUCACACUCUACAUUUCUGAGUGUCUGAAGAAACUCCAGAAGUGCAAUUCCAAGAGCCAAGGCGAGAAAGAAAUGUACACGCUAGGAAUUACGAACUUUCCCAUUCCCGGAGAGCCCGGCUUCCCCCUCAACGCCAUUUAUGCCAAACCUGCGAACAAACAGGAGGAUGAAGUGAUGCGGGCCUACCUUCAGCAACUCAGGCAAGAGACCGGCCUGCGGCUCUGUGAGAAAGUGUUUGACCCCCAGAAUGACAAACCCAGCAAGUGGUGGACUUGCUUCGUGAAGAGACAGUUCAUGAACAAGAGUCUUUCGGGGCCUGGCCAGUGAGAGGAGCCUCGGCAGCCAUCGCCUGCAGAGCCGUGGGCAGCAUCGCCUCGGGAUGUGCACAGUCCUUUGUGUCAGUCAUAAUGUGUCAUGAAGAGAGGAGAGGGCCUGUCUUUGCCGGAAAAGCUCUUGAUCAAGAAUUUGGGGGGAGGAGGCUGGGUGGUUUGAGUUUUUGGCAAUUUCAAGCUGGAACUUAAUAUGUAAUAGAUAUAACUCCUUAUGUUAGACAUUGAAUUAAAACAUUUUUGAGAUAAAGCUUA